CCAUUUUCUCUACAUCCCUUAUGAUGCUCGCGGAAUGCCGCCAAAAGCUCUCUCUACCGUUUCCGCCGACCAAACAGACCCUCGCCACCUUACUGAAAGCAUGCUCCUCUCAACCCCACCAGCUCACGCAGAUCCAUGCGCUCGUCCUGACUUCUGGGCUCUCGGUGAAAAACAGCCUCAUCACUCAGUUGCUCGCCAAUCUCGUGAUCUUAGGUGACGUUCAGUACGCUCGCAAACUGUUCGAUGAAAUGCACAAACCAAGAGUUUUCUUGUGGAACACCCUGAUCCGGGGGUAUGUGAAGAAUGACAUGCCCGUGGAGUCGGUUUCGCUCUACGGGAGGAUGAGUUCUCUGGGUGUUCGCCCCGACGGAUUUACUUUUCCAUUUGUGGUGAAGGCGUCCGCCGAGCUGCCCGACUCCUGGGCCGCUUUGACUAUCCAUGCCCACGUGGUAAAGUAUGGGCUUGAGUAUAAUCCCAUGGUGAGAAAUGAAUUGAUGAUAAUGUACGUGAAGUUUGGGGACGUGGGAUUGGCUGAUUACUUGUUUGAGACUAUGAUAGAGAGAGAUCUAGUGGCUUGGAAUUCUUUCAUUGCAGCAUGCGUGCAGAUGGGGUAUGCUAGUAAGGCCCUCGCACUGUUCCAUCGGAUGGGCUUGGCCAGGAUCAAGCCUGAUGCCGUGACUAUUGUCAGUGCCCUAUCGGCAUGCGGUCAGUUGGGAUGUUUAAACAUUGGCAAUAAGAUUUAUGACUCUGCCUUAUAUGAUGGGAUGGAGAGCAAUAUUAUUGUUGAGAAUGCACGGCUCGACAUGUGUAUGAAAUGUGGUAGUACUCAUAUGGCAAGAACUUUAUUUGAUGAAAUGCGUCUUAGAAAUGUUGUUUCGUGGAGCACGAUGAUUUUAGGCUAUGCAGUUAAUGGGAAGAGUGAAGAAGCUUUGGCUCUGUUCUCUAGAAUGCAGAACGAAGGGCCAAAACCAAAUUAUGUCACUUAACUUGGAGUUUUAUUUGCUUGUAGCCAUGCCGAACUUGUGAGUCAAGGUCGGGCUUAUUUUAGCUACAUUGUGGAUUCAAACGAUCAGAAUCUUUGGCCUAGAAGAGAGCAUUAUUCUUGUAUGGUCGAUAUCCUUGGCUUCUCAGGACAUAUUGAGGAGGCUUAUAGCUUUAUAAUGGGUAUGCCCAUUGAGCCAGAUGCAGGAGUUUGGGGUGCUUUGCUGGGUGCCUGUGCAAUACACAAGAAUGUUAAAGUGGGUCAGGUUGCGGCCGAUAAGCUUGAGUUAGCAGCUGAUAUUGCUUCAUAUCAUGUUCUACCAUCUAACAUGUAUGCUUCUGCUGGGAGGUGGGACUCUGUUGAAAAAGUGAGACUAAGGAUGAGAGAGAAGUCCAUCAAGAAGGUAGCUGCAUAUAGCUCUAUUGAGUUAAACAGUGAAGUACAUGUUUUUUACACUGGAGAUAAUUCCCAUCCACAGUCGUCAAGCAUAUAUCAGAAGUUGGAGGACUUGUAUAUGCAAAUUGGGAGUUUGGGUUACAUCUCAGAAGUUGGUUCUGUUCACCAUGACGUGGAAAUGGAGGAGAAGGAAGCCAUGCUGCGUGUUCACAGAAAGCUUGCUGCUGCAUUCGGUCUAAUUAAUGUAGAACCUGAAUCCCCAAUUAGGAUCAUAAACAAUCUGAGGACUUGUGAUGACUGCCAUAAUUUCUUUAAGUUUAUUUCAAGAAUUAGCAUGAGGGAGAUUAUCAUGAGAGAUAAGAGCAGAUUCCAUCAUUUUAGGAACGGUACAUGUUCCUGCAAGGACUUCUGGUGAUCACCGGAGAGAGCAGAUUAAUUUUGUAAAAUGUUAGGCUUUCAUUUAUUAAUGGCGCAGGGACUUGCUGCUUUUGGGGUGGGAGGAAUUUUUCUCAAUGUAUCAAUAUCUCAAAGUUGACAGAUAUUUAACACAGAAUAACUAAUUGUAGUUCUAGAUUUUCUAGUAAAAAUGCAAAAUGUCAAUUGUAAAUUGCGUAUCAAAAGAGAGAAAAUUAUAGAAUGAUAGACAUGGCUUUCCAUAUACCUUAUGAUUUUUCUUAUUAAAAUAAAUGAAGUUAAAUGGACUGUCAAGUUAAAAAAUGUAAAAAAUGUUAGACGAAAAGUUAGCUCCAUAAGAAAAUAUUGGGAAUUUGUUUUCUGAUUGGUUGUUGCAAUGGCUAGAUUAUAAUUUGCUUUUGCGUCCUCAAGCAUGAAAUUUAUUCUUAUAUAUACCAUUCUGGAUCUCGGUGCAUUUUGCUGAUUAAACUUGAAAUAUUUUCUAGGCUCUGGGAGCAGCAAGGUAGAAUUGAGGUGUCAGUGUGAAAAUGGUAUAUAUGUUUGCCAAAUGAUGAAAUGUUUUGAUUGGAUGUUGAAGAAUGGACCUUGGUAUAUAACAGCUUAGGAUUAUGUCUAAAUAGACUUCUACCCUCCAAACAGUCCAAUCCUUGAAGAUCUGUAUAUGGUUUACACCUCCUGGAUUCGAUUGAAGAAAGUUCGAUGGAGCUUAUGACUAAAACUGGAGUAGCUAUUUCCAGUUGCUAUAGAUGUUGGACUAAGCAUGGACCACAGAGCACUGUUUUAAAGUGGAUACUGCAACUCUUUGUGCUGGAUUUGAUGUUAGAUUAUGUUUUGUUAGAUUAGAAAAUGUGGAUCCAGGAGCAGAGCUUGGAGUGUCAAAUAACACUCCUGAUAUUAUAAAUCCUUCUGACUGUCAGCAGGAUGAAGCGUUUCCUGACGAGGUUGCAGUUAGGAACAAAAUUUGAUGUUCUUUCUGAAGAUUGUUUCAUUCUUUUUGUCGGAAGUGAGUGUAAAUUAUCAGCUGCAAACUGUGCUGUUGACCAGUUAUUUCUAAGGUAGCCACUUUAUCUGCAGGGCAUGCCUUGUGAAAGAAAUCUUGUGGGCAGCUGUUGAGGCUAAUUUGCACUGGAAAAAUGUUAUCUGAAAUCACAAUAGAAAGACAAUUGAAGGAGUUUAUGUCAGUUUCAUCAUUGAUUAUAUUUUUCUUGUCUAAGAUAUCUUAAUGGUCAUCGUCCAGUUCUUAGUGGGGAAUAUAAGAGAUAUUAACAAGCCCUGUAGGCAUGUAGAAGUUAAAAACCUGUGAGUACUUUCUUGCAAUUCAUUGUUUGCUUUACUUGAUACUAAAGGGCAUGAAACAAAUAUGGAUGGGAAUGCAAAAUGGAUGGUUUUCUGGACAGAGUUACUAGCCACAGUCAUCAAGUUAUCAGCUUUGUGGAACUGGUUAUUUUGAAACUCUCCCUGUAUUUAGUCUCUCCGAUGCAUAACAUGUUCAUUGCAAUAAAAAAAAUCUCAUUCUUCUCCUACUCUGUGCAUGCACUGAACUUUUGUGAUGAGAGCGCCUCUUUGUGGGGCGAGUUGAACAUUAUUGUCAGAUUCUGUUCUUGAUUCUCGUUGGAUGAUUGCUGGAGACUACAACACUAUCAGAAGUUCUCAGGAAGGAAUAAUGGGCCGGGAUGUUAUUUUCAGGAUAUUUCUUCAUUUCAGCAGAUUCUUGAUGCAGUUGAUCUGAAUGGUGUCAUUUAGUUGGCCCGCUUUUUAACUUGGAAGAUCUGAGGGCUGGGUUACUUAGAAGAUUGUUUCUAUGAAGGAAAGAUUCAUAUGUGAUUAUCUUGAGGAUUCAACAUCAGAUAUGAAUUCCCCGGUUCUUCUAAGCUCAUCAAAUACGGAAAGAGACUCUGCAGCAGAUUUUUGUGAGACUGAAGCAAGCAGAAGCAUCAUUUUAACAGGAGGGUCCAUGUGACUUGGGUCAUGUUAGGUGAUCAUAAUUAUAAUUUUCUUUUUUUUGGUCAAAGAUCAUAAUUAUAAUUAUUCCAGAUCAAAUUGGGGAAUUAGGGCCUGCCAGGAGGACCAAAACAGGCUUUACUCUUGGUUGUUGAUUCCAAAUUAGAUACUGCUGUAGGCAUUACAUAUGAAACUCUUCCCAUUGGGAACUGGGGAUGUUAAUUCUUUUGCAGGUACGAAUUCUAUAAAAAAGUGUGGGAUUGUCAA